UACUCGUAACACGCGGGCCCACCAAGGCCCAAACCCAAACCAGCGAGGGUCGCUACCCGAGAGCCGCCGCCGUCGCCGCCGCCAACGCCAACGCUAAUACGCGCGGAGCAGCAGGAGGAGGAAGAACAGGCGGACCGACUAGCAGCGAUGGCGGGCGGGGGCCUGCUCGGGGGCGCGUUCUGGGCGACGCGGGCGCUGGAGGUGGUGAAGAGGAACGACGGGCCGGGCCUGCUGUGGAAGCGCAUCAAGCUCACCACCACCCGGAAGAACAACGCCAAGAAGCGCCUCAAGAGGCUCUGGCAGAAUGAGGCGGUUAUAAGGGCCUGUGCGCAAUCAGAAUCGCCAUCAGCAUCAGACACCGCUUCCGCAGCUGCGAAACAGCAGUAGCAGCUUGAAAAGUCAAUUAGUGACUCGAGGAAGAGCUCAUACGCAACCUGAAAAGGUCAAUGAAAUGCCGAGGCCAGAGUUACUUCACCCCAAUAUUUUGAGUUUUCUGUCCACAAAAUGAAAACAAUGUGCAUGUAGAAAUCAACUUCCGUGAUCCAAGCGGACAUCAUUGCUUGCUACCAGGUGCCACCCUGCCCCCUCCUGCUCACAUCAGUUCAUAGCAUCUUUGUCCCCCUCCAGAACUCCGUCUUCCCCGGCUUCGCCGUUACCAUGUUACUUCUCCGAAAACCGGUGCUUAUGAAUAUGGUUUGCUUUCCUCCAUUCCCCGUCAUGUUUAGGUCACUCUUCAACUGCUGUUCCGAUAUGGUAUUGUAUGCGGUAUUUGUGAUGUCCUGCGACGCCAGUUCCUGUCGCGUUGACAUCAGCUUGCCGUGAUUUUCUAGACUUGCAAGUUUGGUUAAGCCAUUGUUUUAA